CCACGGAAUUUCCAUAUGAAUGAUAUUUUCAUCUGAAUCAUGUGUUGUUUAAAAAUUCAUUCGUGAUUCAGUAUUCUUUGUCACUUCACCACUAUAUAUAGAAGAAUCUCUACAAGUCCAGGAGAAUAUUUAAAAUGAGAAGCUUUACGGCUUAUAAGUUAUUCGUGGUCUUGAAUAUACUCGCGGUGACAUGCGGGCAAUACAGCUCUAGCAGUAUCGUCGGCAUAAGCUAUCAUGUGCCACAAAAGGCAGGAUUCCUAACAAAUACACCACCUUCUUUCACAUCACAGGUAAAGAGACACGCUGCAACAUACGCUGGAUCUUCAAACGUAAAGGAGACUGUGACAAAGAGACAACUCAUAACCGAGGUCGCGGAGACCCUCAACAAGACCCAGAAGGAAGUUGGCGCUGUUGUAGACGAGUUCAUCAAAUCUAUCACAAAACAUUUGGGAGAGAACUCUGAGGUUUCCAUCUCCAAAUUUGGAGUCUUCCACAACAGCUUGAGAGGUGAACGUAGAAUGAGAAACUUGCAGACCGGGGAAAUAUUUAUGGCAAAGCCAGUCUAUGUACCGAAUUUGAGGUUUUCUGACACUCUCAAGAGCGAAAUCAACGACAAGCUCAAGGGAAAGAAGCAGAGAUUCACCAACUACACAUACUAGUAGAUACAGAAAUACACGGCUAGUGGUGCGCCAAAUACAAUAUAUUUUAAGUUUUAUA